AUGAGCUUCCUUGGGGAUAUCGUUAAUUCCAUUGGGACUGGCACUGCUCCGCCUCCCAAGCCGUUUACGCCGUCAGUCAAGGCACAUUCGCAACCACAUCCGGGGGAAGUCUCAAAGCUCGGUUCGAAGCCUGCUGCUCCUGCUGCUUCGCCACUCAACGGCACCAAACGCAAAGCCGAGGACGCGCCUACAGAGGGUCCAGCGAAGGUUGUCAGACCAAAUCCAUUGCCUGGAUUGACGAGCAAUGUUAGCAAGCGACCAGCAGCUCCUCCCCUGAACGCGCCCAAGCCGUCAAACGACAAAGUUGCUUCCUCGGCCAAGCCCAAGCAAGAGCCUGUUGUGAAUGGCUCGAAGACUGGCUCAAAAUCCCCAACCGCAACCCCAGCCGCGGCUUCAAAAGCUCCACCGAAAGGGUCCUAUGCGGAUAUUAUGGCCAGGGCGAAGCAGGCACAAGAAAAAGCACAAAACCAGGUUGGACUCAUCAAGCAUCAGCCGACAAAUCGGGAGCGAGUGUCUAAACUUGCCGAGAGACGCCGCCUGGAGGAAGAAAAGGCCAAGGCUGCUAAGCAGAGAUCUGGAGCAAACCAGACUCUCGGUAAGCAAACGCAAUCCAGAAGCGUUAGUCCCGCCAAAAAGCAUGACCAGCCACGGGUAAUCAAAACUCCAAGGCCACCCUUGCAUGCACCAGCAUCCUACAAGGGUACUAUGGGUACCUCGUCCGGCAGAGGCCAACAGCAAGACCGCCGCAGGCGCAAGCGGUACGACGAAUAUCUUGGCACGGAUGAAGAAGAUGUCUCUGAAGGUAGUUAUGGACGGGACGAAGAAGACGACUACGAGUCCGAUGCCUCUUCUGUCAUGGAGGCCGGAGCAUUUGAUUUGGACGAAGAGGAGCAGAGGGCCCUCAGAGCUGCCAAGGAAGAAGAUGCCAGGGAGCUCGCGCUUGAAGCCCAGCUGAAACGGGAGAAGGAAGAGCGGCGGCGCAAACUAAUGGGCUUGGCUAACAAACGCAAGUGA